GCAUCAGGAUUCAUCGGGUUCCCGGUCGCGCAAGCAUUCGUGCGCGCCGGCCAUAUCGUCUACGGAGUAACCCGCUCUGCGUCCAAAGUCCAAAAGCUUGCUGUGGAAGAAAUCAUUCCGAUUGUCGCAGAUACUAGCGAUCCGUCGCCUUGGCUGCCUCUUGUCGCCACGCUCGACGUCGUGAUUGAGGCCAUCGCUGGAAGGGACAUUCCCCACCUGUCCAAGCUGCUGCUUGAAAGCACCGCUAAGGCCGCUAAGCAAUAUCGUCCGCCGCACGCGCCGAAUCUCGCUUACAUCUACACAUCCGGUGCUUGGGUGCACGGGGAUAGCCGGAAGGAGAUCGUCUCGGACACGACGCCUAUCACGAACGUUUCUGUGAAGAUCACCGCUUGGAGACCUGAAUUCGAGCAACGCGUUGUGACCCAUUCCGAUGUCAGCGGGAUUGUGAUACGUCCAUCCUUGCUAUACGGGCGCUCCGCAUCGCUCCUGGCACCCUUGUUCAAGAAGGCAUACGAGGGCACAGUCGCGUGGUAUGGGACGCCAGGAGGGCGCUACGGGACGAUUCACUGUGAUGAUCUUGCCGAGCUGUAUCUCCUUGCCGCUGAGAAGUCCGCCAUCGUUGGUGGAAAGAUCUUUGACGCUACCAACGAGUUUACGGAGGGCGUGGAUGACAUUCUGCAGAAGUUGGUGGAGGUUUCUGGCGCCAAGGGUCCAUACGAAUACCUCCCGCCGAGUAACCUGUUUGAGGCCGCACUUACCGCGUCGACCUUGAUUCGGCCUUACCUUGCGCGUUCCUUGUUAGGCUGGCGACCGCGCAAGGCGAGUCUAGUCGAUCAUCUCGAGAUCUACUACAACUCGUGGAAAGCUAGUGAGGGUCUAUAA